CCCCUCCCUCCUCCCGGGUCGGAGUGUCCCUGCGCCCCACGGGCCGGAGCUGCAGCGAGAGCAGCUUUCCCCGGUCCCUCCCCUUCGCCUCACUCACCCCCACCCCCCCGCCGAGCGAGGAGGAGCCGGAGGAGAGGAAGAUGGCGGCGGCCGCCAGCACCCGCGGGGCCGCGGGGCCGCUCCGAGGAGCCUGAGGAACCCCUAGAGGCUUCGCGGGAAGACGCGGCGGCGGAGGAUGAGCCUGCAGAGCGCGCAGUAUCUCCGGCAGGCAGAAGUCCUGAAGGCUGACAUGACAGAUUCUAAGCUGGGUCCAGCUGAGGUCUGGACAUCCAGGCAGGCUCUGCAGGACCUGUACCAGAAAAUGCUAGUUACUGAUUUGGAAUACGCUUUAGACAAGAAAGUAGAACAGGAUCUCUGGAAUCAUGCCUUUAAGAAUCAGAUCACAACACUACAAGGCCAGGCAAAGAAUCGAGCAAACCCGAAUCGGAGUGAAGUUCAGGCAAACCUUUCUCUGUUCCUAGAGGCAGCUAGUGGCUUCUAUACUCAGUUAUUACAAGAACUGUGUACAGUGUUUAACGUAGAUUUACCAUGCCGUGUGAAGUCUUCCCAGUUGGGAAUUAUCAGCCAUAAACAGACGCAUACCAGCGCCAUAGUGAAGCCACAGUCCAGCUCCUGCUCCUAUAUCUGCCAGCACUGCCUCGUGCACCUUGGAGACAUUGCUCGAUACAGAAACCAGACCAGCCAGGCAGAGUCCUACUAUAGGCACGCAGCUCAGCUUGUCCCCUCUAAUGGUCAGCCUUACAAUCAGUUGGCUAUCUUAGCUUCUUCCAAGGGAGACCAUCUGACCACCAUUUUCUACUACUGCAGAAGCAUUGCUGUGAAGUUCCCUUUCCCAGCUGCCUCCACGAAUCUACAGAAAGCACUUUCUAAAGCACUGGAAAGCCGGGAUGAGGUGAAAACCAAGUGGGGUGUUUCUGACUUCAUCAAAGCCUUUAUUAAGUUCCACGGCCAUGUGUACCUGAGUAAGAGCUUGGAAAAGUUGAGCCCUCUUCGAGAAAAAUUGGAAGAACAGUUUAAGAGGCUGCUGUUUCAAAAAGCUUUCAACUCUCAGCAGUUAGUUCACGUCACUGUCAUUAACCUGUUUCAACUUCAUCACCUUCGUGACUUUAGCAAUGAAACAGAACAGCAUAGUUACAGCCAAGAUGAGCAGCUGUGUUGGACACAGUUGCUGGCCCUCUUUAUGUCUUUUCUUGGCAUCCUGUGCAAGUGUCCUCUCCAGAACAAGUCUCAGGAGGAAUCCUACAAUGCCUAUCCCCUUCCUGCAGUCAAGGUCUCCAUGGACUGGCUGAGACUCAGACCCAGGGUCUUCCAGGAGGCGGUGGUCGAUGAAAGACAGUACAUUUGGCCCUGGCUGAUUUCUCUUCUAAAUAGUUUCCAUCCCCAUGAAGAGGAUCUUUCAAGUACUAAUGCUACACCGCUUCCAGAGGAGUUUGAGUUACAAGGAUUCUUGGCUUUGAGACCUUCUUUCAGGAACUUGGAUUUUUCCAAAGGCCACCAAGGUAUUACAGGAGACAAAGAGGGUCAGCAACGACAAAUACGGCAGCAGCGCUUGAUCUCUAUAGGCAAAUGGAUCGCGGAUAAUCAGCCAAGGCUGAUUCAGUGUGAAAAUGAGGUAGGGAAAUUACUGUUUAUCACAGAAAUCCCAGAGUUAAUACUGGAAGACCCCAGUGAAGCCAAAGAGAACCUUAUUCUGCAAGAAGCAUCCAUGAUAGAGUUACUGGCUGAGAAUGGGAAUCCAGGACUGAAAUCGGUGCUGUCUACGGGCCGAAAUCUAAGCAACAACUGUGACACGGGAGAGAAACCAGUGGUCACCUUCAAAGAGAACAUUAAGCUACGAGAAGUGAACAGAGACCAAGGAAGAAGUUUUCCUCCCAAAGAGGUGAGAAGGGACUAUAGCAAAGGAAUAACUGUAACUAAGAAUGAUGGAAAGAAGGACAACAACAAGAGGAAAACAGAACCCAAGAAAUGCACCUUAGAAAAGUUACAGGAAACAGGAAAGCAGAAUGUGGCAGUGCAGGUAAAAUCCCAGACAGAACUAAGAAAGACUCCAGUGUCUGAAGCCAGGAAAACACCUGUAACUCAAACCCCAAGUCAAGCAAGUAAUUCCCAGUUCAUCCCCAUUCACCACCCUGGAGCCUUCCCGCCUCUUCCUAGCCGGCCAGGGUUCCCGCCCCCAACAUAUGUUAUUCCCCCUCCUGUGGCAUUUCCUAUGGGCUCAGGUUACACCUUCCCAGCUGGUGUUUCUGUCCCAGGAACCUUUCUUCAGCCUACAGCUCACUCUCCAGCAGGAAACCAGGUGCAAGCUGGGAAACAGUCCCACAUUCCUUACAGCCAGCAACGGCCCUCUGGACCAGGGCCAAUGAACCAGGGACCUCAACAACCACAGCCACCUUCCCAGCAACCCCUUACAUCUCUACCAGCUCAGCCAACAGCACAGUCUACAAGCCAGUUGCAGGUUCAAGCUCUAGCUCAGCAACAGCAAUCCCCUACAAAAGCCGUACCAGCUUUGGGGAAAAGCCCUCCUCACCAUUCUGGGUUCCAGCAGUAUCAGCAGGCAGAUGCCUCCAAACAGCUGUGGAAUCCCCCUCAGGUUCAAGGCCCAUUAGGGAAAAUCAUGCCUGUGAAACAGCCCUACUACCUUCAGACCCAAGAUCCCAUAAAGCUGUUUGAGCCGUCAUUGCAAUCUCCUGUAAUGCAGCAGCAGCCUCUAGAGAAAAAAAUGAAGCCUUUUCCCAUGGAGCCAUAUAACCAUAAUCACUCAGAAGUCAAGGUCCCAGAAUUCUACUGGGACUCUUCCUACAGCGUGGCUGAUAACAGAGCUGUGAUGGCUCAGCAAGCAAAUAUGGACCGCAGGGGCAAGCGGCCACCAGGAGUCUUCCGUCCAGAGCAGGAUCCUGUGCCCAGGAUGCCAUUUGAGGACCCCAAGGGCUCCCCUCUGCUUCCUCCGGACCUGUUAAAGAGUCUGGCUGCCUUGGAGGAAGAGGAAGAGCUGAUUUUUUCUAACCCUCCUGAUCUUUACCCAGCUCUGCUGGGGCCUCUCGCCUCUCUCCCUGGAAGAAGCCUCUUUAAAUCCUUAUUGGAGAAGCCCUCUGAGCUCAUGUCACAUUCAUCCUCUUUCCUGUCCCUCACCGGAUUCUCUCUCAACCAGGAAAGAUACCCAAACAACAGUGUGUUCAAUGAGGUCUAUGGGAAAAACCUGACAACCAGCUCCAAAGCAGAACUCAAUCCCGCAAUGGCUCCCCAAGAAACAUCCCUGUACUCCCUGUUUGAAGGGACUCCGUGGUCCCCAUCACUUCCUGCCAGUUCAGAUCAUUCAACACCAGCCAGCCAAUCUCCUCAUUCCUCUAACCCAAGCAGCCUGCCAAGCUCCCCUCCAACACACAACCAUAAUUCUGUUCCAUUCUCCAAUUUUGGACCCAUUGGGGCUCCAGAUAACAGGGAUAGGAGAGCUGCAGAUCGGUGGAAAACUGAUAAGCCAGCCAUGGGUGGGUUUGGCAUUGAUUAUCUCUCAGCAACAUCAUCCUCUGAGAGCAGCUGGCAGCAGACCAGCACUCCAAGCGGCACCUGGACAGGCCAUGGCCCCUCGGUGGAGGAUUCCUCUGCUGUCCUCAUGGAGAGCCUGAAGUCCAUCUGGUCCAGUUCCAUGAUGCACCCUGGCCCGUCCGCUCUGGAGCAGCUGUUGAUGCAGCAGAAACAGAAGCAGCAGCGGGGACAAGGCACCAUGAACCCUCCACACUGAGGAUGGGGUGGCAACCUGGCAAUGAGGCUCCAUACACCAUGGCAUGUUGGGUUUGCAGGACUGGCCCACAGCCCCUGCAGGUGGCAGCCCUCUUCUCUGUGUCUUGCCGUUGAGAGGGUGUAAGUGUUCCACCGGCCCGCUGAGUGUGCACGAAAUGUCCGCAGUGCAACCAAAAGAAAAACCAUCAGGAACUCUCCGUCCCCCCGGGCCUCCGGAGGGAGAGAGGAACUGCUGUUUGUCUCACUCAGUUACCUGAUAGCACCGCCUCUCGCCUUCUCCAUCGUGCAUGUCCCCAGCCACAUGGGAAGUGAAAGCUGAGAAGGGAAGGCAGGUGGGAGAAGCCAGUGGGAACUUCUCAGUCCUUUUUUCCUCUUUGGGGAAUAAAAUAGGAAUCCAUUAA